CCAGACUUUCCACUGCAAGCUGCGGGGCCUGGCCGCCGUGCUGGACGGCGAGACGGCCCAGCUGCUGCGAGCGCUGGACGGCGAGGACGGCGGUGAGCGGGCGCGGGCGGCCGCGGCCCCCGAGAGGGGCGGCAGACUUUGAGGAUUCUCCAAUGAGAAUUUUGUAUGACCUUCAUUCAGAAGUCCAGACCCUAAAGGAUGAUGUUAACACCGUUCUUGAUAAAGCAAGGUUGGAAAGCCAAGAAAGCACAAGUUUCAUAAAGGCAACAAAAGUACUGAUGAGAAAAAAUACAGCAGACAUCAUAAAACUAAGAGAAUAUUUCCAGAAGUAUGGAUAUCAAACACGGGACAAAGAUUCAGCAUAUGAGCAGAGAGAGGGGAAGUCCACCCCAGAGGUGGCUGUGUGUGAAGAUGUCGAGGAGCCUGGCGUGAAGGGUGACCUGUCUGAUCCAUGUGUUCCAAGCAGUUCUGUUUCUGAAAAGCCUCUGCGCAGCCCACAGCUCUCAGAUUUUGGACUCGAGCGGUACAUGGUCUCCCAAGUCCCAGCGAACCCUCCCCAGACAGCCAUCAGCCUUGAAGAGGAGUGUGUGUCUGAAACCCCUCCUGCCAAAGAGCCUUUUGUUAAAGUGCUCAAGACCCCCAGAUGUGCCAUAAGGAUGGAUGAUUUUGAGUGUGUAACCCCAAAAUUAGAACACUUUGGUAUAUCUGAAUAUACUAUGUGUUUAAAUGAAGAUUAUACAAUUGGACUUAAAAACAUGAAGAACAUUAAGAGUUUCCGUGAGAGUGGAACCAGUGAAGAGGCCUGUGACCUGUCCGUACAGACAAGGCCUGUGACCAGUAAUAAUUCUUUUGUUAUUCCUGGUCCCAUAAUCCAGCAGCUGGAAAAAACUGAUGCUGAAUACACCAAGUCACCAUUGCCACCUAAAUUCUGCACUCCUGGUUUGAAGAUUCCUUCUACAUUGGACAGUGCACAUUUGGUGUAUAAAAAUUAUCCAUUAUCAAAGUCAAAUACUUCAGUGAGUGAUUUGGAUGUUAAGGAUUGUGCUCCGUUAAUCCUAAAUUCAGAUGAAUGCUAUGAGAAUUUUACAGAUCCCCCUUCUCCUACAAUUACUUCUUGUGAAAAUAUCAGAACACCCAGUCCUCCAGAAGUCACUGCAAUUCCAGAAGACAUUCUCCAGAUGUUAACAAAGCACAAUCCAAACCUACCUUCUCCAGUGGAGGUUAAAGCAGCGCUGCCCAGGAGAGGCUUCCUCAAGUUCGAGGGCCAGAACACCAGAUGUGCUGCCAACAAGGAGAACUGGUGACCAUGAGUAAGACACACACGUGUCUUGAAAAUGGGGAAUUCUAAUGUGGAUACAUCCAAUACAGAAGCUGGACAAAGAUAGGAAAGCAAGCUGGACUGAAGUUCUCAAAUUUUCUAUUCAAAAUUUUAGAGAGACCAGUGGAGCUGGAAGGAAGGCUCACUGCCGUCAGUCAUCCUGCUUUCUCCUAGUCUUUCACUUACUUCAUUCUUAGAUGAAUUUUUCCGUUCCACCACAGUGUGUUGGCCUCUCCAGCUUCCAUCUCCAGCUUGGCCACUCAGCAGAUCUAAACCUCAUUCUAUCUAGAAGAUUCUGAUCCUGAGCCAGGAGCCAUCUUGAUUCUAGAACUAUCUAAUGUCCUUUGAGCCUAAGAUCCUUCCGAUCCAAGAACUAGAAAGUAAAUCUGCAAAUUCAUGGUAGUGCUCCCAGGAGAGCUCUGCAUUGCUCCAGUUGGGGAGUGAGGGGCCGGUGUUCUGUAGAGACCAGCUAACAUUCUGAGAAAGAAUUAGCAGUUACCCUAAGGUGCUUCAUGGGCUUCCUAGCUUUAGGAUUUUUUUUUUCUCUGUGUAGCCCUGGCUAUCCUGAAAUUCACUCUGUAGACCAGGCUGACCUCAAACUCACAGAGAUCCUCUUGCCUCUGUCUCCCAGGUAUAGGGCUUAAAGGCAUGUACCACCACUGCCCAGCAGCUUUAGGAAAUUUUGUGUAGAAUUAAGAUUAUUCUAAUUGCAGAUUGAAAAUCAAGUGGAAGAAUUCCAGGGCAAUUCUAAGUUGUUGGUGUUUGUUUGUAUCUUUGGUUACAUAAUGUAAAAUAAAUGAUUUUCAAAGUAAAA